AAAAAAGAUUCUAACAAAGCAAUUGGAGUGUGCAUGGGCCCUUAAGAAAAUCGAAACUGUUCUACCGACGCUUUCCAAAUUCCUUUUUACUCUCCUUUACUUUCUUAACGUCAAAACAAAAUAAAAAAACAAAUUUCCUGAAAAAUGAAAAUAAAAACAUAAACAUGUCAAAUUUUUACACUGAUUAAAUUCUUUUAGUUUCAGUUAAUCAGUUUUUAGUUUAGUGAAAAGACAACAAACUUGAAUAAUGUCCUUUCGACAUGCCAAAGCCCGACAGCCGGAGACAAUCCGCACUGUCCAGAAAGAUCUCACAUACACAAAUGAACUCACGGAAGAUCUUUCUGAUAUACUCAGAAUGUCCGGGCCUCGGAAUUGGAUAAAAUAUAACAAUGUCUGCAAAUUUAUUGCCGAAAUAGCCUACCACGGAUUUGCUUCCUUAAAUGAUUUACAAACUCUUGGUGAAGAAUACACUGGUAUUAUACAAAUCGACCACAAUUACCGAACUGCACCUUCCAAAUUACUUCGACUAUCUGCAAUUAUACUGGAAUUCGGGGGUGAGCGAUUAUACACAAAGGUCCUAAACAAUCUCGAGAGGAACAUCGAUAGAAACGAUGAUAUUGUCCCUGAAGCAAAACUCAAAUUGAAGACAAUUUUGCAAUGUAUGCGGAGUUCAGUGUCGUAUGUAAAGGCCCUGCAUAAGACGCUAUUCUAUUUGAAUUCGAGCAAGUACCAGAUUUCAAAGCGAUUCACUGGCAUAAAUUAUAUUCUGAUUAGACACUGGAUGAAGCCUGAUCAUUCCUUGUAUGGGUAUAGAAUCCUCGGAUGGGUCACUUUUCUCCAAUUGGUAAUUACCCUUGCCUUGGAUUCAUUUGAAUCGUGGAAAGAAUCCAAGAGAAAAACAACAGGUCGAAACAGCAGUAAAAGUUGUGUGCGUCUUUCAAAUACACAACAACAAUCACGUGAAGCACCUCAAUGUAUUUUAUGCUUGGAGCCCAGAGUUAAUACAAGCUCGACACCUUGUGGUCAUCUGUUCUGCUGGCAUUGCAUCCUAGAUUGGCUGGACGAGCGAGAUGAAUGCCCGUUGUGCAGGGAAAGUAUUAAAAAAUCCAAUGUGAUACAACUUCGAAAUUUUGUAUGAAGAUAUCUGUUGUGAGUUUUCCAAAGAAUUAAAUAUUAUGUAAGGAAUGGAGAUUUAUAGGUUUAUAGAAAGGUAUAUUGCUUUGGGAGAGGUGAGGGAUAGGGAAGAAAAAUUGUUAGAUGUGAAAUAAAAAUUUGAAGAAAGCUUUCUUA